GACAACACCACGACACAUCAUCAUCAAGCUCUGAAUCAGCGAAAGUCCUAGGGACAACUUAAUAUUCACCAUAUCUGCUUCUCCCUGAAUUUUAGAAACUAUUCUGUCUUGAAGCGAUCCUUCCACCCACAAUGUCAGACCUCAAAACGCUCAUCACCGAGCUUCACAAAAGCCUCGACCAAAAGAAGCUCACCAACGCUGUCGAAGUCCUCUCUCGCGCAAAGCGAACUCUACUCCAACAAAAUGUCCUUUUUCCUUCCGCCGAUACGCCCGCACAAACUCUGUCACAGGCUCGCGAGAUUCUAGAACUGGGCGCCAUAACGUCACUUCGACUGAUGGAUUCUGCAUCUUUCAUUCGAUACUAUCAACAACUACAACCAUUCUAUGAUUUUGAGCAAGAAGCUUCAUUAUCAUCAUCUUCACAACAACAGCGCGAUGCGGCGAAGACGAGUCAACGGAGUAAAAUUACCGGAUUGUAUUUGUUAUUACUCUUGAGUUCGGGUGAUACAUCGCAAUUCCACACGGUGCUGGAGGGAUUGAUUGUGGAGGCAUCGUUGGAAGGACGCAGUGUGGAGGAUGAUCCGUUUAUCAGGUACCCUGUUGAGCUGGAAAGGAGUUUGAUGGAAGGUAGUUAUGACAAGGUGUGGCGAGCAACCAAGUCUUCGGAGGUUCCUACUGAGGAUUUUGGCUUGUUUUCAAACGUUCUCGUUGGAACAAUCAGAAGAGAAAUCGCCGACUGUUCCGAAACAGCAUACCAAUCCCUCCCCAUCUCCAAUGCAAAGGAUCUCCUCUUCCUAGAAUCCGAAGGUGCAGUUGUGCAAUUCGCGCAAGAGCGUGGUUGGUCCCUGAAGGAUGGUCGCAUAUAUUUCCCUGCUCAGACUGACGUUGUGGCCCCCGCUGCGGAGAUACCUGGUACUGUAGAGCCGGUGCAGGGGGGACAUCGACCAGAGAAGGGGAUUGUGUUGGCAAGUGCUUCUGUUAUAGAGAACACUAUUGGUUACGCGCGGGAACUGGAGACUAUUGUUUAGACGGUUUUGUACUCUAAUUACUCAAAUAUUGAUUGACAUGCAUUCAGCGCGUAAUUCAGACUCGAUGUUUCCAAAUC